AUGCACAAUCAUCAUUCCGCUGCUUUUGAUGGGAAGAAUUCUCCUCAGGAGUUGGUUUUGCAGAGACCACUGCCUGCGUGUGCAUCUACUUUGAUAGGGAUGACGGUGCUUGCUGAGUUACCGAACAGUAUGAAGAAGACAUCCUUGUCAAGGUUUGUGGAAGCAGCCUAUCUGUAUCCAGAAGCUGGUGGAUUGACGCAUGUGGUGAGUUCGCUGGUGAACGGGACGCCACAUCAUUAUCGGGCGAAGUCGAUUAAGCGCAUCACUCCAAUGAAGGUUGGGUUUGAGCAUUGUGAGCAUCUGCUCAAGGUCUACGAUCCUAAGGAUACGUUGGCACCUCCCAUGUUGAAAGAGUUGGAUGAUGGGAUACCCACGGAAGUGCAAGGUGAAGUCGACAAAGCCUUUGAAGGAAAGGUGUCUCAAGGACCUACCGCAGACAUGAGUCAGGUGGGACCGCCAGCAGCUUGGGUACGAGAGCAUGGAGGAACGCCUGGAUGUCCAGCGUGUGGUGAGAAGCGAGGAAAAGCCAAUCACAAUGCCGCUUGCAAACGGCGGUAUGAUACGUGGUUGAAAGACCAAAGCCAAAGAUUGGUUGGUGAUGGGGAGCAAAGGUCGGUUGAAGGCGAACCGGGAUUAGGAUCGACUACGCCUCCGAAGGUUUCUUCAGAAGCGAGAAGCUCUGAGAAUGCGGGGGUGCCGGGUGUUAGUGCACCUUCGUUGAAGCGCCCUAAGACCAGUGAUGAACGUACCGGUUUGGGAAGUGAAGCACCCUCAGCGGCAUCUAAGCCUGACGUGGUUGAUGUGGAGAUGUUCGAGGAUCCGAGUCUCCCUUAUGAGCAGGUUCCGGAUGAGGAGAUGGCACCGGGAUACUUUGAGGGCGAACAGCCUAUGGAGGUUGAAAAGGAUCUCGAUGAAGGGACUGAACCCAUGAGUGUUGAGUCGGGAGAUGUCCCGAGUGAUCCCAGUCGUGUUCCAAGGCUGUUGGAGCAAGUGAAGCCUGCAGGCUGGCUUCAUCCAAGGUUGGAUUCUUCAGAAGGUUUGAACCAUGCUGUUGGGGAACAUGAGGCGCCAAAGCUGGCCAAUGUUGUGAAUGCAGUUCUUAUUGAGAAGAACACGGCGUUUCCUGAACAGGUGAAGAUGUGUGGAUCCAAAGUUUGGUUAGCGAAGAUGAAAAGUGCUUUGUCUGAGCUGGAUGGGUGUCCAUUGGACGCGCAUUCGUUUGCCAAGAAGCAUGGGAUAAGGAUUAUUCCUACCCGAUGGGUGCUUGGACACAAGGUUGUGAACGGGAAAGAUUCAGUGCGCGCCCGGUGUGUGGUGCAGGAUGUAGCAAAGGGUAGUACGGCUUCAUCAUUAGGUUUGAGUGCGACCACGCCGUCGCUUGAGGCUUUGAGAACUCUUUUGGCUAUUGCUGCCAAAGAUUCGAUGGAUAUUGCUACCCUGGAAGUCUCGACUGCCUUUUUGCAUUCCCCGUUGCCAAAAGGUGAAAGGGCUGUGAUCAUGUUGCCGAGGGACGCUUGGAACCUGAAGUUGGCAAAUGUGGUGAAGACGGUUGGGUUGACGCAGUGCCCAACGGAACCAUCGGUGUUUGAAGGAACCGUGAAAGGGAAACGGUUUCUCACGCUCUGUUAUGUGGAUGAUCUGAAACGGGUCGCAUCACUCCGACUGGAGGUGUUGAGCAGCCCUCCGGAUAUCGUGAAGACCAUUGAAAAGGGAUUGCUUGGUGGGGUCAGUCUCGUCCAGACCUGGCCCGUUGGAUGUCCAUCCUUUCCCAAGGUCCCAGAUGCAGGACCAUCGAGGAUCGACAUUUACGCAGAUGCGAGUUGGGCGCCGCAAGCUGAGCUGAGAUCGAUUCUUACUGCAGUUCAAGAGAGUGAAGGGAUUGCAACUUUGAUUGGACAGCUUGCCAAUGGAAAGGAUUCAGGAGGAAGGGACUCUGAAAGUGGUUUGGUGUCCCACGUCUGCGAUGGUCGCAGAUAUUUUGACAAAAUGUUUGAGCAUGGAGUGGUUCGCAUGAUUUGCGGCGUGAAGCUCUGUAGGCUCGCACAGCUUGAUGAUGACUUGUCUAUGGACCGCAACACGGAAUGCUCAAGCCCUCAAGCUGACUGGAUACCUGAAACAGGAUCCUUGGAUCGAUCUUUGGAUAUGGUUACUGCUGUGCAGAACCAGGAGGUUAUAGCACCAUUUUGGUGCAAAAUGUGCAAGUGGUUGUUCAAAAAUGAGGAAUCCUAUGGCUUGAACAAAGCCAAGGAAGGGUUUGUUUGCGGCAAGUGUGAAAGUAAGAUCACCGUGAUGGGAUCAGCAGCUCAGCAUGCCUUCAACAUGCGUGAGAAGGAUAAGACCAAGCGCUGGGGACCGAAGGACGAUGGCAAAGACCACACCUCGGAACAGGCGCCUAUGACUCCAGCCCCUGCUGGGCUAGAGGAUAACAUUGGUGGCUCAGCGCAGCCGGAUCCUUUGUUGCCUUGGGUUGCGGGUCUUGGUGAUGAAAAGGGUACACCUGAGUGGUACAAUGGUGUGCAUGAUUCGGUGUGCCGAAAGGGGACACCGUAUCGUGAAAUGAUUGGAGAGUUUGAGCGGCUCAUCUCGCUGUUGAGCGAGGAUGAGAAGGCUAAGUAUGACAAGGACUACAAGUCCUUGAAACACCAGAACCAAGGAAUCUUUGCAGCUUGCGAGGAAGCCGGGAGCUUUGCAGCUUUUGAGAAGUUGAUCAUGGUUCCUCGUGGAAUCAGUGGCCUAUCUCUGGCCACCUUCGUGUGUGGCUUGUGCCAGAAGGGUUCCACACCUCUGGUGUUGGUUGGAGAUGCUGUCGACCUCAGUGUCCGCAGGAUGAUGGAUCUGUUUUCAAUGCUGCCAAUGAUUGGAGCUGAGAUUUGUGUCGAUGCCGAGGCACAAAAGGAUCAGCAUCCUGAGUGGUUGAAGGAGUGGCAGAGAACGGACUGCUUGGCACUGACUGUUGUGUGCAAUGGCAUUCGUUGGGUUGCCGAGUUGAUGUGUCAGUCGGUGCUUAACAAGGACCCAAAUGGUGUGUUGCCCAAGUGGGCGUUUUGGGUUUACUCCAACUACAAAGAGACACGCCCUGCUUUGAGUUGGGAUUGUAAUUGCCCUUUGCAUAGCAGCAAUGUGUACGUGUUGAAGCACAAGGUGUACUUGCCAGUGCACCUUCUUGUGAACGUUGUCACGCUUGUUGUGAAGCACUUGUGUGAGUUGAAAGAGGAGAUGCUUCAGUUGGAAGCCCUGAUGGGCAAAGAGGUGACACGUCAGCAGCUUCAGCAGGAGCUUAAGCGAAAGUCUGAGGAGCGGGAGAAGGAGGAAGAGGCUAAAAGGCCUAGGGUUGAAGAGCCCACUGCGCAAGCAGCAACUGCUCCAGUGGUCGGUGGUGUGCUUCAGUUUGCCAUGACGGAAGAGGCAUAUGCAAGGCUUGGGGAGAUGCGGGCAGCGGCCCAGGAUCGGCGUCAGGCUUUGGUUGCUGAGGCGUCGAAGGGGGCUGAGGAUGAUAAAUAA